CUUCUCCCUAUGCCCCUAACCCUCUAUCUCCUUCAUCACUCCCUAUGGAGGAGAAUGGAGGUGGAAGAAGAAUCCAAUGGAAGUUCUCAUCCGCCCGCGACAGCGCCUUCUAUCGACGCUAACUGGCGGCGCAACCUCAACAACAUUCGCGGCUGUGCCUGAACCUGCUGAUGUCGCAGGUGGAAGAUGAUGGCGGAAAACGCGAGGUUAUCCUCUCGGCGCAUGGCGACCCCUCGAAAUUCGCUUGCUUUCGUACUUCUUCCGUCGCUGAGGACGCCGCUCAUCUCCGCCCUCAAGUCCUCGGGAUCAAUGGAUUGCCUCACCUCCGGCAUUCCUUCAAGCUAGAUGCCAUCAAAUAUGACGGCAAGAUCAAUUUUGGGUUGUGGAUGAGCGAUGUUCAGAAUGCGCUUAAUGCUCAGAAUUUGGAGGAGACCAUCAUGAUCCAAGAGAGACCACCUAAAUAUGAAGAGUUGAAGAAUCUUAUCUCUUUUGGAGCUUUAGAGACGAAAGGAUUAAAGGUGAUCUUUGAGAAUGUUGUAGCAAAGGUUACUAAGGGAUCUUUGGUGGUGAUGAAGAGAGUCUGCAGUCGGAACUUAUAUUAUCUGAAAGGGAGUACCGAGAUUGGCCAGAGAUCCAAUUUCAUAACCUAUUCUUUUAGUGCAAUUUCUGAGUACUUGAGCAAGGAUCUUCCGUACAAGCUUUCUCCUGAUGAUGUGUAUGUUACGGGUGGCUGCACCCAAGCAAUUGAGAUUAUUCUAUCAGUUCUUGCUCAUCCUGGUGCAAAUAUCUUGUUGCCGAGGCCUGGUUUCCCACUUUAUGAAGCACGGGCUGCUUUUAGCAAACUAGAGGCUCGACAUUUUGACCUCGUUCCAGAGAGAGGUUGGGAGGUUGAUCUAGAUAAUGUAGAGGCUCUUGCGGACGAAAAUACUGUUGCGAUGGUCGUAAUUAACCCUGGAAACCCUUGUGGGAAUGUGUUCACUUAUCAACAUUUGAACCAGAUUGCUGAGACCGCGAAGAAGCUUGGUAUAAUGGUAAUAGCAGAUGAAGUGUAUGAUCACGUAACAUUUGGGAGCAAUCCAUUUGUGCCAAUGGGAGCAUUUGGAGAGAUUGCCCCUGUCAUUACUCUGGGUUCUAUAUCAAAGAGAUGGGUUGUUCCUGGCUGGCGACUUGGUUGGCUGGUGAUAAAUGACCCCAAAGAUUUUCUUAAACAAACUAAGAUUGCUGAGAGCAUUGAAAGCUUCCUCGACAUCACAACAGAUCCUGCAACAUUAAUCCAGGGAGCAGUCCCUCAUAUUCUCAAGAGUACAAAGGAUGAUUUCUUCAACAAGAUUAUUUAUAUUCUUAGGCAAGCAUCUGAUAUAUGUCAUCAAAAGUUGGAGGAGAUUGACUGCAUUACUUGUCCCUAUAAGCCAGAAGGGUCCAUGUUUGUGAUGGCAAAGUUGGAUUUUUCUUAUUUGGAGGGCAUUAAAGAUUGUGUAGACUUCUGCUGCAAGUUGGCCAAAGAGGAGUCUGUAAUAGUUUUGCCUGGAAUCACUGUUGGAUUAAAAAAUUGGAUUCGCAUCACUUUUGCCAUUGACCCGUCCUCUCUUAGUAUCGCGCUUGACCGGAUAAAGUUGUUCUGCCUCAGGCAUGCAAACAAAAACAAAGUCGAAGCAGCAUCAGCAACACGGAGUGACGUAAUUUGAGAAAAGACUACUUAAAUAAGUUUAGUGGUGAUCGCAACAUUCCAUUGGAUCUCCCUUCUUGUUAGUUCGCCUGUCAGUGAAUAUGCACUUCACGCUAUCAAAAUAAAGUUGUAUAUUUCAAUAAGUGGACAUGUAAUUUAAACGUUUGUUGUUUAAAUUUAGCUAGAAUUGAUUAUGCA